AUGGCUGUCCCGCCGAUUGCAAAGGCUACAUUGCAGGCUGCGCUCAUCAAUGCGGGGUCCAACGUGCUAGCCCAGGGGAUCAAGGCGUAUCGAGCCGAUGUAAACAUUGAGUCUUUAAUGCAAUUCACAACGUGUGCGUUCAUCACCUCACCCCUGAGCUACCUAUGGCUCGGAACUCUGGAAUCCUGGUUUCCCGGCCGUGCGCCCGAUUCGAAGAACACCAAAACAGACAACAAGGGGGAUGAGAAGAACAACAAUGAGAAACGUAUCUCGAAGCCCAGUUUGAAUGUCACCAAUACAGUGGCAAAAAUCGUCAUUGAUCAGGCGAUCGGCGGUGCUUGGAACACCGUUCUUUUCAUUGUAACAAUGGGAAUGUUACGGGGAUUGGAUUACGAUACAAUCACUGGACAGAUUCAAGCAGACUUUUGGUCUAUCAUGAUUGCUGGAUGGAAGCUCUGGCCGCUUGUGUCUAUCCUUAAUUUCACGGUGGUACCUGCUGGCCAGAGAUUGCUGGUUGGCAAUCUUUUUGGGGUUGUCUGGGCUAUUUAUCUCAGCCUAAUGUCA